AGACUUUAAUGAAUUUUAAUAUAAAGCGAUCUUAAGUGAUCCUGGUGGUUAGUAGACACUAGUUACUACUUCUAUAACUUAUUACAAUAUUAUUACUAACUACCUACAACACCACACUAUAAAUCGAAUGAAUAGCUUAAACUUUUUUUUGUAAUUGUCAUUGCGAUUUUCAGUUUAAAUGGAUUGCACUACAGCAAUCUUGAUAGAACAGUUAAAAUCUAUAUUGCCAUGAAAUCAAUUUGGAAACAUCAUUUUCCAGUAAAGUCAAGUUUAGAGAGAAUAGAGAAUUUUAAUUACAAUUAUUUCAAAACUAUUAUUAUGUUUCAAAUAUUAUGUACGCCACGGACAUGCUACUUUAUUAAUAUGCAUUUUGAGAAUACUGAGCUGAAUAACAGUUAACAUUUGAUGAAAUUUAACCAAAGAAUUAAUUAUGAAGUCAAAGCAAUCAAUAGAUAACACUUGGGAUUCAAAAUUACCAUUUCCAAAGUUUCCAGUAUGGUUGUACAUUUUAAUUGUAGCAUUUGUAUCUAUAUUAUGCUAUGGUAAUUCGUAUUAUGGUGCUUUUGUGUUUGAUGAUUCUGAGGCAGUUGUAAAUAAUCAUGAUGUAAAUCUUGAAACACCAGUUGUUAAGAUUUUUAGUCACGACUUUUGGGGUACAAGACUAACAAACCAUGCCAGUCAUAAAUCAUACAGACCUCUCACAAUUUUGUCCUUUAGGUUUAAUGUGUGGUUAAAUAAUGGUCAUUUAUCUCCCAAAUCAUUACAUUUAACUAAUAUAGUUUUACAUGCAGUUGUAUCCUGUCAACUUUUACAUGUCUAUAAUUUGUUAUUUAAUGGAAGAGCACCAAAGACUUCAUUUUUAGCUGCUCUUAUGUUUGCAGUGCAUCCUAUUCACGUAGAAGUAGUGUCUGGUAUUGUCGGCCGUGCUGAUCUACUUAGUGCAUGUUUGUCACUUCUAGUCUUUAUUAUUUAUCAUAAAACAGCAAAAGUUAAACAAAUAAAUACAUUUACCAACAUAAUAGCCACAUUAUUUUGUUGUAUAUUGAGUAUCAUGGCUAUGUUAUGCAAAGAACAAGGACUUAUGAUUAUGACGUUUUGUGGUGUGUAUGAAGUUAUUGUAAUCAACAAAAUCACAUCUCAAAGUAUUAUGAAGAACAUGAAAAUCUCAAAAAUUAUUAGACUGCUUAAAAAGGAAUCAUUAGAAAGACUGUUUAUAUUGACUGCUGGGUUUUGUAUUAUUCUUUAUGGUAGAUGGACUAUUAUGGGAUCACCUCCUAUUUUUCAACAAAUUGAUAAUCCUGCAUCAUUUUUAACAACACCAGUUGAAAGAUUUAUUAAUUACAGUUACAUCUAUUUAAUUAACAUUUGGAUAAUGAUAUGUCCUGUUUGGCUAUGUUUUGAUUGGUCAAUGGGCUGUAUCCCUCUGAUACAUUUGAAUGCAUUUCCUAAAGAUCCAAGAUUAUUCAUUGUUCUUGGAUUUUGGAUUAUUCUUGUAUUAAUAUUUUAUAAACUCCUGUUUUCAAAAAACUAUGAUAUAAAACAAAUACAAAUGGGAUUUCUAUUAGGUCUUUUGUCAUUUCUUCCAGCUUCAAAUUUAAUGUUUACAGUUGGGUUUGUUAUAGCAGAACGGGUGUUAUACUUGCCUUCUGCUGGUUUUAUUAUAAUUGUAGUCUUGGGUAUCAGGAGAUUAUGUUUGAAUCAUUUUAUUAAAAAAGUAGUUAGAGUGUGCAUUUUACUAUUAAUUGUUGUACAUUCUAUUCGAACAUAUCAACGAAGUAAGGAAUGGAAUACUGAAUUAGAUUUGUUUAGAAGUGCGUUAAAAGUUUGCCCAAUGAAUGCUAAAGUACAUUAUAAUUUAGCAAAAAGUUUAGCUGAUAUUGGACAUACACAAGAAGCAAUAGAUCGUUAUAAACAUGCACUAUUAUUACAUCCAAGGUAUGAUCAAGCAAUGAAUAACUUAGCAAAUAUUUUAAAAGAUAAAAAUGAAUUGGAAGAGGCUAGAUUUUUACUAGAAAAAGCUGUUACUAUUAGAAAUGAUUUUGCUGCUGCUUGGAUGAAUUUAGGUAUUGUAUUAUCUGCUCAACACGAAUACAAUAAAGCCGAAAAUGCAUACUUAACAGCCUUACAACACAGAAAAAGCUAUCCUCAUUGUUACUUUAACUUGGGAAAUUUAUAUUUGGAAAUGGGAGAGAAGACCAAAGCAUUAUUUGCUUGGCAAAAUGCUACAUUUCAACAGCCAACACACGUAAUUUCAUGGAAUAAUAUGAUUGUACUGUUAGAGUCAAUUGGUGAAUUAAAACGAGCAGAGAAUGUAGCUCGUACAGCCCUUUCUAUUUUACCAAAUGAACCAAAUUUACAUUUUAAUAUAGCCAACAUAUUAGGUAAAAUAGAUAAAUUUGUUGAAGCAGAAAAACAUUUUUUGGCUGCUAUUAAACUAAAACAUCUAACUGCUAAGACUGUGUUAGUUGCACUAUACCAUUCAAAUCUGGGAGUUUUGUAUCAUCGUUGGGAAAAAUAUGAUCUCGCAGAAAUGCAUUACUUACAAGCAUUAAUGAUUGAUCCAAAUAUGCAGAAAGUUAAAAAUCACCUUGCAUUACUUCGUAAACAUUUAAGUGAAAUCAAUCAACCCACUCUUAAUAUGAAGUCUUAUCAACAAGAAAAAGAUUUUUAAUGUAUUAAAUGAAAAAGUUCUGUUUCUUUAAUAUUUUGAUAUGUAAGUAUAAGUCAAUAUUGCUAUCAUUUUUGUGUUCUACAAUGUAUCGAAGGUCAAACAUAAAUAAGUGCAUAUUAAUAUUAAUAUAAAUAUAUUGUUUUAAUUUACACUGAAUUACAGUUAAAUGUAGAAUGAACAAAAGUGGUUAAUAAAUGUUUUAAAACAUUUUCAAUAACUACUACUGUGAAAACAUAUGGUUGUGAUUAAUUUAUAACUUAGUCAUCGAAUAAUGAUUUUUUUUUUAAUUAAUAAUUAUUUUUAAGUAAUGCCUAACUAUAAUUUUUAUUUGUAUUUACCAUGACAUUAAUAUGUUUUAUAACCAUUCCAACGAUAUAGUCUAAAAUUAAGGAAUUGAUUUAAAUAUAACUAGGAUUUAAUGAGUUCUAGAAAAUUAAUUAUUAUAUUUUGUUAGUGUUAUAUCUGUAUAGCGUAUGUAUAGGUAACAGGUUACAAAACUAUGUGUUUUUUUUUCCGUAUUACGUGUUUUAUAUCAUAGCAAAAAUUAUCAUAAUAUGAUACAAUUUUUAUAACUUUUAAUUGAUUUUAUGUACAAUUAAAAAAAGUGACAUAAAUGAAUGUUACACCCACAUGUUGUCUCCAACUUGUAUUUUACUAUAAAUUUAUGAACAGGAUUCUUAUUAAAUUUUAACUAUAAUUAAUAUUAAUGAAUUUGUAUUGAAGAAUAUAAAUUGUGUUUGAGUGAAGUUUUUUUAUUUUAAUUUUAAAAUUAGUUAUAACUUAAAUAAUCCAUUUUUUUUAAUUCAUAGAACUUGCUUUAAAAUAAAUGUAUGAAACAAAACUUUACUCAAACUAAGUUUAUAUUCUUCUCUAAAAAUUCAAUAGUGUAUUGAAACACUUAAUUAUAAUCUAAAAUUUUAAAUUGUACUAAGAAUUCUGUAUAUAGAUUUGAGGUUUCUUAUGUUAUGUAUGUAUGAUAUAGAAAUAACAUUGCGGGUAUAGCAUCCUAUUAAUCAAACACUCAAGUUAUAUUAUAAUACAUUUAUAACACUAAUAUUUAGUCAUUAUGCUAAGAUUUGUUAUUUUAAGGUCAAUGCAAUAUAGAUAAAAUAUUUUUUUUUAAGUAUUAUUUAGAUUUAAGAUAUUUACAUUUUUAUAUUGUUUUUUUUUUUUUUUUAUAUUAAAAAAUAUUUUAUUUGGGUA